UACCUCCUGGCUAUGGUUUAUGCUAUAUGGGAAAUCAAUCAGUCAUCUGAAAUUCUUCCAAAUAUCACAUUGGGUUUCAAAUUGUAUGAUUCCUGCUAUAAUCAAGUUAGGUCUUUAAUGGGGACAACAUGGAUCUUAUCAGGAAAAAAGCAAACAGUGCCAAACUUCAGCUGCCACACAGAAAGAAUGCCAUCUGCGAUAGUUGGGGACAUGCCUUCAAAGGCAUCCAUACCAAUGGCCAGGAUUCUUGGCCUGUACAGAUAUCCUCAGAUAAGUUAUGCCUCAGCUCAUCCAAUUCUGAGUGAUAAACUGCAAUUCCCGUCUUUCUUUAGAACCAUACCCAAUGAUGACUAUGAAGUGAUUGAAAUGGCUCAUUUGGUGGGUUACUUUAACUGGAGCUGGGUAGGGAUCAUAACUUCGGACAAUGAAUUGGGACGAUCAGGGUCUCAGUUACUAAUUAAGAAAGUAGAAGAGAACGGAGGUUGUGUAGCCUUUCUGGAAAUCCUUCCAAACCACAACUCAAUGGAGUCAGUUUUACGCAUCAUAGAUGUUAUCAAGAAUUCGAAAGCCACAGUCAUUGUUGUGUAUUCCACGAUGGAGAACCUUAUCCCUCUCAUGGAGGAAGCCUCAGUUAAGAACAUUACAAAUAAAGUAUGGUUUGCCUGUUCCAGUUGGUCCAUCACUUCUGAUUUCCCAAGAACUGACAUAUUAACAACUUUAAAUGGCAGUAUAGGCGUGGCACAGCCAAGUGGGAAAAUUCCAGGUUUUAAAGAAUUUCUUCAGAGCGUACAUCCAUCUAAAUUUCCCAAUGACCUAUUUGUUAAAACAUUUUGGGAAAAAGCUUUUAGUUGUGUUUGGCCUUCAGGAAAUCCCUCUAACAAUUAUUCUUCUUUGAAUACUUCUCAGUAUCAAAGUCCUUGGUGUACAGGAGAAGAGAAGGUGGACAGUAUUGACCCCAAUGUGUAUGAUGUUUACAACUUUAGAUACACGUACAAAAUCCAUAAUGCAGUGUUUGCUAUUGCCUAUGCCUUGCACCAGAUGCACACAUGUAUAACAGGGCAAGGGCCAUUUGUCAAUGGAUCCUGUGCAGAUGUUUUCAGACAUAAACCUUGGCAGUUGCUUUAUUAUAUCAAAAAAGUAAACUUUAAAAAUACUGGAGGGGAGAAAAUAUACUUUGACAAGAAUGGAGAUAUUCCGCUUUCACUGGAUAUUCUUAACUGGCAGCUCUAUCGCAACGGUGGCAAUCAGUACAUUAACAUCGGCAAAAUAGAUACACGUUCUGCAAAAGGAAAUGAACUGCAGGUUGAAGAAAGAAGUAUUGUCUGGAAUGGCCACCGUCAUCCCCCAGUUUCUUUAUGCAGUAAUCCAUGCCCAAAAGGCUUUAGAAGAGCUACACAACAGGGGCAGAAGAUUUGUUGCUUUGAUUGUGUCCCCUGCUCAGAAGGAGAGAUCCUCAAUCCUAAUGAUGGUGCCAAAUGUCUAAAGUGUCCAGAAGACCAGUGGCCAAAUAUAUCUAAGGAGAAAUGUUUGCCAAAGUCCAUUCAGUUCCUUGCUUAUGAUGAGUUAUUGGGUUCCUCUCUAGCUUGUAUCUCUGUUUUGUGCUGUGCACUGACAUUUUCUGUGCUUUUUUUGUUUAUUAUCAAGCGUAAAACUCCCAUAGUUAAGGCCAACAACAGGGAACUAAGUUAUCUUCUUCUCAUGUCCCUAAUGUUGUGCUUCCUGUGUUCUUUAGUAUUCAUUGGACGGCCCAAUAUGAUAACCUGCAUGCUACGACAAGUAUUGUUUGGCAUUAUAUUCUCUCUAUGUCUGUCAGCGAUACUGGCCAAAACUAUAACGGUCAUCAUGGUAUUCAGUGCUACAAAUCCAGACAGUCGAAUAAAAAGACUUGUUGGCUUGAGAAUUCCGAUAUACAUUGUCCCAUGCUGUACAAUGAUCCAAAUAGUGCUGUGUUUGGUAUGGUUAUGUAGCUCUGCUCCAUUCGAAGAGUUCAACAUGGUGGCCGAGAUUGGAACCAUAGUCCUGGAAUGCAAUGAAGGAUCCAAAGUGUUUUUUGCAUGUGUCUUGGGCUACAUGGGACUUUUGGCCUCAGUCAGCCUUCUCGUUGCCUUUCUAGCCAGAAAACUUCCAGAUACAUUCAAUGAGGCCAAGUUUAUUACCUUUAGCAUGCUGGUAUUUGCUAGUGUAUGGAUAACAUUUAUCCCGGCUUAUCUUAGCACCAAAGGAAAACACAUGGUGGCGGUGGAGAUAUUUGCCAUCAUAUCUUCCAGUGCGGGACUACUUGUCUGUAUAUUCUUUCCAAAGUGUUACAUUAUUUUACUUCAGCCAGAGAUGAAUAACAAGAAAUUUAUAACUAGUAGAACAGUCAGAGAAAAGUAA